UUGGUUACGGGUUGAAUCCGGAAGUGGCUCUAUAGAAACAUUUGUUUGAAACAUGGCUGUGCAGAGCUGGAGUGAUAUCCUAAAAUCGUCAAAGAAAACGGCUUUAAUACAUGAUGGAAAAAGGAAGAUCCACUAUCUCUUCACAGAUGGAAAAGAAAUGGCAGAAGAAUAUGACUUAAAAACAGAUGAGCUCCUCGUGAGAAAAUGGCGCCAUAAAAGCACGCUUGGAGUUCAGGGCUUGUGGCUGGUGGAGGUUGGGGAGCCCCUUGCAGGUCCUGUUGCAUCUUUGGAGUCUGAUAUGAUCAAAGAGAACAGCUCAAAUCCCAUAUUCAUGCGUAAAGACACAAAGACCAGCUUUCAGUGGAGGAUUCGCAACCUUUCCUACCCCAAAGAUGUCUUCAGUGUUUCAGUGGAUCACUCUGAGAGAUGCAUCAUCAUCAAAACCUCAAACAAAAAGUAUUACAAGAAGUUCAGUAUUCCUGAUCUCGACCGCAGUCAGCUACCAUUAGACAACUCCGCGCUAAGUUUCACUCAUGCCAACAACACUUUAAUUGUUAGCUACGAGAAACCCAAAGAGAUCUUAACCCUUGAACAAGAGCUACUGAAGGAGCUGAAAAAGCUGAAGGGGAGUGCUGACGGGGACGUCGACUGCAAAACCCAAUGAAUUCUGCCUGUGGGAGCCAGGGAAUAAUUCUGGGUUGCAUUUAGAGCAGAACCUCGCAGCAUCAUUUUCCAGUCACGUAUGAGCUCUCAUUUAUUUCUUCUGUACUUAAUCCCUUCAUUAAGAUUCACUGUGCCUUGUCCCUUAGCUUAAUGUCUAAUUGUCUUAAUUAAUUUGGUGGAAUUAUAUGUCUGGAAAUGUGUCCAGCCAUUUAUGUUUGAUACAGUGAUAUUUAGUAAAAUAUAUUAUUAGUAGAUUUAAAAACUUUGUGGUUUAAUUUUUAACCCAAAUUCUUUGGCUGACAAAAAAUAAUGUCAGAAUCUGUUUUUGCUUCUUUUUACCAAACCUACUGUGGAGAAGUUUUGUUGGGGGGGUCACAUAACCUACCGGCCUCCUUCCAUUGAUGUCCUUGUAAAACACUCAAAACACACAAGGCUUCAUCCCUGUUCGUUCCGAGGUCACAGUUACGAGGACAUCCCAUUUGUGUUAAAUGAAUACCCUCAUGUUCCUUGUAUGUAGUGGGCCACCCUGAAAGCCAUUACUGAAACUUGCGUUACCAUUUCCCUUUACAAGAGAAGGCGAUUCUGACUUAGUGGUCUAUGUCCAAAGUGCCGUAGACAUAAGUAAGAAUUAGAUGCAACUGUUUUUGCAGAGCUUUAUUUCAAAUUUCUAUGAAAUUUGUGUUUGUUUGUUUGUUUGUUUAACGUGAAGGAAUGUGAAGCUGAGAUUUUAUAUCUUUGAGAAACUGAAAUGUUUGUGUAUACUGUACGCUGAAUGAGGUUUAUUAAAGUUGGGUAUUUCUCUAUUUUUUUUUCUUUAAUCCGAAUUCAAUUAAAGAAAAAUUGAAAAAUUG